GCUGCUUCAUGUGGUGAGAAGUAUAUAUCCUCCCAAAUCCCCCCUUGAAGCCUCAGGAUGCUCACUUCAAAUCACAUACGUGAUCAAGUUCAAUCAUCAAUAUGGCUCCCGGAACCCAGAUCGAUUCGACCUUUUCGCAGGUCAAGGCGACUUCUGCGACCAUUGACGACGAUAACACCAAAUACUGGCUUUACGACCCUUCCCGGAAACUCGCUGGUGUCGCAGCUGGGAUCUUCGCCAUCCUCGGCAUCCUCCACCUCAUUUUCCUGAUUUUGCGAAGGCACUGGUUCUGUCUUCCGUUUGCCCUUGGAGCAUUUUUGGAGGUCACCGGCUACGUCUUCCGCGAACUCUCCGCCCGUCAUCAAGACAAGCUAUGGCUCUACGCUGCGCAGACCAUCUUCAUCCUCAUCGCACCCGCCCUCUUCGCUGCAGCAAUAUACAUGACCCUCGGCCGGCUGAUGAGGGCCCCCGGCUGCACCCUCCUCUCGCCUAUCCGAGUCAAAUGGCUCACCAAGAUAUUCGUCCUGGGCGACGUACUCUGCUUCUUCGUCCAAGCCAUCGGCGCCAGCAUCCUGAGCAAUGCCAAGUCUGACGACAAGGACAAAGAAAACCUUGGCAAGGACGUCGCGUUGGCCGGCCUCAUCCUUCAAGUCCUGAUCUUCUUUUUCUUUAUGUUCGUCGCGGUCAAGUGGCAUUGGCGUAUGCGGCGACGCAUCAGCUCCAAAAAUUCGAAACCACUCUCGGGCAUGAGGUGGGAAACGGGCCUCUGGGUUCUGUACAUUGUCAGCGUCAUCAUCUCGGUGCGGAACGUUGCUCGCGUCGUCGAGUUCGCCGGAGGAUCCAAGGGCUAUUUCUUCACUCACGAGUGGACGCUGUAUGUCUUUGAUGCACUCCUGAUGGCUUUGGUUCUGGCACUCUGCUUCAGCUGGUAUUUUAUCCUCGGCUCAUCGAGGGACGGGGAUAUGCUUCUCUCACAAGAGGAUGACCAUGGUCAGCCUGAGACAUCCGUGCCGCUUUACCCACCACGGCCGUACAACAACUAUGACUAUGGCCGGCCCAACGGGUACGCUCCCAAUGGGUAUGCUUGAGACAGAAUACAGCGGAUUGUACCUUAUAGAAAAGGCUUGAGAAGA